AUGAAGCAGGGCGUUCGUGUUCUCUCUGUCAAAGCUUUUGGGUUCAGAUUCUCCCGGUCACGCCUGCCGCAUCCAGCACAGCACAAACGGGAAUAGCGUUUCUCUCUCCCGUCAGGAACCGACGCGCAUCCAUAAUAGAGUAAAGCGUUAGGCUUCGGUGAAUGAUUUUGUCGAAACAGCGAGGCCUGUGCUGUUUUUCCGUUCCUGAGGCAGCGGUGUCGCCGUGUGUCUCUAUUGUAUGCAGCAGCAGCAGAAUCCAUGACAGCCGCAUCUUCCAUUGAUCUGUUGAUAUCUGCUGGGAUCUUCUGCAUCUCAACGGCUGCCCUUUACUACCAUCACAACAUCUGGCGGCGCUUGCAGUCUCCCCUCUUUUAUAAUAAACCGAAUAUCCUGUUUUGACGAAGAGAUUUGUUUUUUCCUGUCGCACACAUGGUGAACGUAGAUGUAAACGCAGCCUUUUUAGUCGUAUAUGCCAAACAGUGUUUUUUAGUCGUCGUGUAGCCUAUUUGUGAUUUAUUCAACGGUCGUCGUUAGGCGCAGGCCGUGGGUUUAGUCACGGACGUCCACGAUGGGUUUCUGCGCUAAAAUGGGUUUCUGUCUCGGAUGUUGUUGAUUAUCGGUGUCAUUUAUUACGGAUUUAUCCCGUUUUUUUUUAUAUUGCUGUUCGGUUGGCGCGGACUGGGAGCGGCGCCAGGCGGGAUUUUGCGUCCGCAGCAAACGACGCAUUUGUUUGUGCCUGAGCUCAGUUUUUCCUUUUUAUUAAUAUGACUAUUUCUUGGUUUCAAUGAAAAUUGUCUGUCUACCAGACAAGGAUCACCCUUUGUAUGGUCGUGGACGGGGAGCGGCGCCAGGCGGGAAUUCACGACAUACAAUAUAUAUUUUUACCUCAGCUCAGUUUCUCAUUGUUAAUAAUAUAGUUAUUUCCUCAGUGUUUAAUCGAUGAAAAUCAGCAGUCCGCCAGAAGAGGAUCACCCUCAGCUCAUCGUCUCAUUGCAAUACCCUUGACGAUCAACAGUUCAUCGCGUGAAGGCGACAUGCCUCGAAAUCCGCGCGAUUAUUAGUCGGAGCAGUUCGACAUCGAAUCGAAGAUUUUCUCUUGUGCUCAUAAUGACUAAUAAACCAAAACGAUUCUCAUCUUCACUCAUGGAUGCUCUUAAUGUUAUAAGGUAGUUCGUCUUAUCGACAGGGUCAGGAGACUGUAUUCCUAUUGGAUUAUAUCAUUGCCUGUGUUUAUUAUUCCUCCUGCGUGUUUGCGACUGAAGACGCUCCGUAAGGUGGAUUAUUCCGAUUUUGAAUAUCAUGUUUUUGGCCCUUUUAUCGUCUGGAAAGAUGGCAGCUGAUUAAAUUUUAAUCUUGAUGCAUUCUGGCGACACGGGAGGAGAAGAGGCGAAACGAGUGAAUCGGGGAGGAGAGGAGAGAGGAGAGGGAGAGGAGAGGAUGUAGGGUGGAUACGGGAACACCAGAAGGCCAAAGGCGAGCCGAACGCUGCGGCGCGUGAGUGGUGUGUAAAUGUGCUGGCGCCACUGACUGCUGGUGCAUUCUGACAGACCUCCAUCUCUCCCCACCCAACAUCUCCUCCAUCUCCCGCACACGCCGUAUCUUUCUCCUGAGCGAUGCAUGAGCCCCAACUAUUGCAUUUGGAUAAGCUUUAAGUUCAGCUGACGUUACAGGAGACUGUCCCGCCCCUUUCACCUUGUCCGUUCCUCUGUCGUUACCAUGGCGCUGUCACUCUGGUUACUGUGGACGUGUCCUGUGUUGCUUUGCAACAUCGCUCCCUCAGAACAAGGUCUGAGUCGAGCGGCGAUGCCCUUCGGUCUGAUGAGGAGAGAGCUGGCGUGUGAGGGAUAUCCCAUCGAGCUGCGCUGCCCAGGAAGUGAUGUCAUCAUGAUCGAGACGGCCAACUAUGGCCGCACCGACGACAAAAUCUGUGACGCCGACCCCUUCCAGAUGGAGAACGUGCAGUGCUACCAGCCGGACGCGUUCAAGAUCAUGUCACACAGAUGUAAUAACAGGACCCAGUGUGUGGUCGUCGCCGGGGCAGAUGUGUUUCCUGACCCGUGUCCUGGCACUUACAAAUACCUGGAGAUCCAGUAUGAGUGUGUCCCUUACAUUUUUGUUUGUCCUGGAACGUUAAUGCGAGUGUUGGAGCCCAGUUCCGUGCGGGAGGCGGAGCAUCAGUCGGGGGCGUGGUGUAAAGACCCUCUGCAAGCGGGCGAUAGGCUGUACGUGAUGCCCUGGAUGCCCUAUCGCACAGAUAUGCUGUACGAAUACGCUUCCUGGGACGACUACAUCCAAAACAGAGUCACAACCGCUUAUAAAUUGCCAAGUCGAGUGGACGGCACCGGUUUUGUUGUGUAUGACGGGGCCGUUUUCUAUAAUAAGGAACGCACGCGCAACAUUGUGAAAUACGAUCUGCGAACUCGCAUCAAGAGCGGCGAAGCUAUUAUUGCAACCGCCAACUAUCACGACACGUCGCCGUACCGCUGGGGUGGGAAAUCCGACAUCGACCUAGCAGUGGACGAACACGGGCUCUGGGUCAUAUACGCCACUGAAGCCAACAGCGGACGCCUGGUUGUUAGCCAGGUGAACCCGUAUACACUGCGGUUUGAGGGAACGUGGCAGACGAGCUUUGAGAAGCGCAUGGCGUCGGACGCAUUUGUGGCUUGUGGUAUCUUGUACGCCGUUCGUUCCGUGUACCAGGACGACGACAGCGAGGUGGGCGGAGACCUGAUCCUGUACGCCUACGACACGCGGCGUAACCGCGAGGAGCCGGUGAGAAUCCCGUUCCCCAAUCCAUACCAGCACAUCUCGUCCAUCAGCUACAACCCCAGAGACAACCAGCUGUACGUCUGGAACAACUACAUUGUCCUGCGGUACCCGCUGGAGUUCAGCCCGCCACAGCCCACCACAGAUCCUCUCUCGACGCCUCUUCUCUCCACCACUCCUCCAAACGCGCUCUCCACCACCGUUUCGAUGGGCUUCAGUCCCACUUCCGUCCCAUCCGUGACCUUCCACCCGGUGGGGGCUAUAAACAGGGCUCCGGCGGGGCGGCCCAUCACAGCCACGGUCCCAGUGACCGUCAGGCCUCCCCGCCGACCGCAGGGGCCGCGCACACCCAUGUGUGAGGGCCGUGUGACUCGCGGGGUCCAGUGGCCUCCGACUCAUCGAGGAGAAACGGUGGAGAGGCCCUGUCCCAAAGGAUCUCUAGGUAUUGCGUCGUAUCAGUGUAUGGCUGACGACGUGGUGUGGAAUUCCAGAGGUCCCGACCUCAGCAACUGCACCUCCCCCUGGGUCAACCAGGUCGCUCAAAAGAUAAAGAGUGGGGAGAACGCAGCGCAUAUCGCUGCUGUACUUGUCAAUCACACACGGGGGCGUGUCUAUGCUGGUGAUGUCACUUCCUCUGUGCGUCUGAUGGAGCAGCUGCUGGACAUUCUGGACUCACAGCUGCAGGCGCUGCGACCCGGAAACAAGGAGUCGGCCACACGCAACUACAACAAGCUUCAGAAGAGAGAACGGACCUGUCGAGCAUUUAUUCAGGCGGUGGUGCAGACGGUGGAUAACCUGCUACGUUUGGAGGCGCUGGAGUCGUGGCAGGACAUGAACGUCACAGAACAGUCGCACACCGCCACCAUGCUGCUCGACGUCAUGGAGAAAGGAGCGUUUCUACUGGCCAACAACCUGUACGGGGGUCAUUUCAGCGACCGCGCGCCAAACGUCGAUCUGGAGGUGUAUGUGCUCAACACAGAGAUGGAGCUGAAGGAUCUGUCGUUCCCAAACUCGUAUGACAGCGACAGCACCAUCCACGUAUCGUCAUCCACCAUCAAACAGUACAGCCGUAACGGUCAGGUGAAGGUGGUUUUCACGCUCUAUAAGAACCUGGGCUCGUUCCUCUCCACUCAAAACGCCACGGUGAAGACGGACGGCGAGCUGAAGUCAGGAGGACACAGUUUGGCCGUCAACUCCCACAUCAUCUCAGCCUCCAUGAACAAAGAGUCCAGUCGUGUGUUUCUGACCGAACCCGUCGUGUUCACACUGCGACACCUGCAGCUGGAGAAUCAUUUCAAUCCCAACUGUUCGUUCUGGAAUUACUCUGAGCGCUCGAUGACGGGUCAGUGGUCGUCGCAGGGCUGCAGACGUGUGCACAGCAACAACACGCACACUACUUGCGCCUGCUCGCAUCUGACCAACUUCGCCGUGCUCAUGAACCACCAGCAGCCGGCCUAUCCCGGCGGCGUUCAGGGUCUGAUCCUGUUCGUCAUCACGUGGGUGGGGAUGGUGAUCUCUCUGGUGUGUCUGGCUUUGUGCAUCUCCACCUUUUGCUGCCUGCGAGGCCUUCAGAGCGACCGCACCACCAUCCACAAGAACCUGUGCCUCACGCUCUUCAUCUCACAGCUCCUCUUCCUCAUCGGCAUGGACAAGACACAAUAUACUGUGGUGUGUCCGGUUCUGGCCGGUCUGCUGCACUUUUUCCUGCUGUCCGUGUUCUGCUGGCUCUGCAUGGAGACAGUGCAGCUGUAUGUGCUGAUGGUGGAGGUGUUUGAGAGCGAGACGUCUCGUCGUAAGUACUACUACCUCUCCGCGUACGGCUUCCCUACACUGGUGGUGGCCAUUUCCACAGCCAUCGACUACAGGAGCUACGGAGGACCCAAAGCCUGCUGGUUAAGGGUUGAUAACUACUUCAUCUGGACGUUUAUUGGCCCCGCCUCCCUCGUUAUUCUGCUAAAUCUUGCAGUGCUGGUCAUCACCAUCCACCGGAUGCUGCGUCACUCCACUGUACUGAAGCCGGACUCCAGCCGAUUCGACAACAUCAAGUGCUGGACGCUCAGUUCUGUCACGCUGCUGUUACUGGUGUCUCUGACGUGGAUCUUUGGCCUCCUGUUUAUGAACGACAACAGCGUGGUGAUGGCCUACCUCUUCACCUCCUUCAACGCCCUGCACGGCAUGUUCAUUUUCCUCCUGCACUGCGCCCUGCAGAAGAAGGUGCAGAAAGAAUACAGCAAAUGCUUGCGUCAGUCGCCCUGCUGCGGCCACGCCUCCUCCACCGGUUCCCACGGUUCCCUCAAGAGCUCCGCCCACCGAGGCAACAAUCGCUACUACGGCGGCAGCCAAUCACGCCAUGCGCCAGCGCAAAGACAGGUGUGUGUCUGUCCUAAAUAUCGGCCUUACAGGAAUUUGCACACCUGUAGCUUAAAUCUCACCCGUGUGUGUGUGUGUGUUCAGAGUCGUAUCAGGAGGAUGUGGAACGACACUGUUCGACGGCAGACAGAAUCAUCCUUCAUGGCAGCUGAGAUCAACAACACACCCACGCUCACCCGAGGCACUAUGGGUAAUCACCUCCUAGCCAAUCCAAUGCUACAGACCCGCUCUGGCUCCUCCCCUUACAACACCCUAUUGGCCGAAACAUUCAACCCCCCCUCACCAGCAGUUUUCAACGCCACUGGCACGUUCAGAAACUCAAAGGGCACACUGUCGCGCAGCCGUGAGUCGUGUGGCCUAGAGGGAGUUCGGCUCAAUGGAAACUACAACAACAGUUACUCGCUUCACGGAGGGAGUUCGGAUCUCCUGGGGGGCGUUCCUGUGGGAUCCGGUGGCGUGUCUGGAGAAGUCAGCCCCGCCCUUUUGACGCCCAGAGGGGCGGAGCCUGCUGGCGGUUUGAGACGGAACCUUUCUGACGCUGCAGCGCUGGAGAAGAUGAUCAUAUCCGAGCUGGUUCAGAGCAACCUGCGGCCUUCCACCGAUCGCUACGGCAAUGGACCGAAUUCCACGAUGCACCGGCAGGAUUACGCAACUUCGACGGGUCACCGAGAGCCUCCGCAACGGCCCUUGCCCCGCCCACCUCCGCCACCCCCGCAGGACGAGGAGGAGCUGCUAUACAAAGCGCUGGAAAAGCCACGCCUCCCUGACAAACCCCGCCUACCCGAUAAACCCCGACUGCCGGAUAAGCCCCGCCUCCUGGAGCACGCCCAGUCUGUGUUCUACCAAAGCGAGGAGGACUCGGAGAGCUUCUCGGCGGAAAUCACGGAUGGCGUGGGCGGGGCCGGACCGGACUCUGCCUCCCUGUACGCGCGGGACCGUGAUUCAUCCUAUCCCGACAGCAGUCCCGAGGCACUGGGGGCAGAGCCUCAUCCUACGCUCCCGCCGGACGAGCUGUACUUCAGCGCGGGACGACAAGCGCACAUCUCGGCCUUUUACCAGCCUCCGCCUCGCAGGACCAACGAUGAGGCUCGGCUGGGACUGCAGCCCUCGCAGGGGGAAGGCGACGGACAGAUGCAACUGGUGACGAGUCUGUGACUAGGGCGCUGGUGACCAGGACACGUAGAUCUGGAGGAGGACAAUGAGGGUGGACGCCUUCAACAUCACCAUCAUCAUCCCAAAUAGUACCUGGGCGAAUCUCUAGAAAGCAUGCAUCUGGUUUGUAGAUUAACGUGGACUUCAUUUGAGUUCUGACUUGGUGAAAUAUGAGCCAGAUGUGUUUCCAUGAGAUUCACGCAUUAGUAUGAAGCUGCUUUCAGAUAAUGAAAACCAUUAUCGUGUGUCCUGAGAUCUCCCAGAAUGAGCAGUGCGCUGAAAGCCACGGGAGAUCCCUGUUUAGAUGAUGAUGAUGAUGAUGAUGAUGAUAGCAGUGUUGGCGUCCUCCUCCACGUCUCUGUUUCCUGGUCACCCGCACACCCACCCUGCUCAUCUCACUGCCAUUCAAGCACAUCUGUCUGUCCUUUCUAAGAAGAAACCUUCUUAUCGGGUAGUUUUUCCUCCAUUCGUUCAUCCUCCAUCUCUUUCUUGCUGAGAAAACCGGUGUAAACCAUUCUGAGGUGGAUAUCUGGUCUCCUUUCUUGGCCAAACUGGUCCGUUUUGCUGAUUUUGGGUGGGAGACCAUCUGAAAACCACCUUAGGCUGGUUUAAGCUGGGUUUUCAGUGGGAUUUCUUUCAUUCAGGGUGGUGUGGUUUAUGAGUGUCAGACCUUUAUCAGAAUGUGAUAACACUUACACCAGAGACCGCAGCUCUUACAUGCCAAAAAAUAUCACACAUUUACACUCUUGGGGAGCAGCCACUGUCAGGAUCACGCUCUCACCGUCAUAGAGGUCAAAGGUUAAGAGUAAAAGGUUAAGAGUCACGGGUUCAACACGUCAAGCAGAUCAACCAGACUGUUGUUUUUGAGCAUUGUGGCGGGUAAAAGAAUGAAAA